AUGAUAAAGAAAUGGCUGCAUCUCCGAUCUCGAAACACUGCUGGAGUGCGACCUGAAUUGCCAGAACAACAAUAUGAUGCCAGAUUUGAUUGGCAGUAUCCUUGGAAUUUUGUGCCAUCAGAGGGACGACUCCAAGGAUUUGUUCCGACCAGGCUCCUUGAUGUCGGGAGUUCCGUCCCUCCAGACGUCAAGCUCGUCAACGGGACAGAUCUACGAGAAGGGACAGCAGAAGGGGUGGAAUAUAUUGCUUUGAGUUAUUGCUGGGGACACGGUGACUUUACCAGGCUUACCAGGGCAAAUCAGCAACGAUUUCAAGAAAAAAUCCCUUUAGCUUCUCUGGGCCAGACCAUUCAAGAUGCUAUCCUUGCUACCAGCCAGUUAGGAUUCCGCUAUCUCUGGGUUGACGCACUCUGCAUCCUCCAGGACUCCAUAGACGAUUGGAACAUUGAGUCAAUCAGCAUGUGUGAUGUGUACAACAAUGCUGUAUGUACAAUUGCAGCAGUCAAAUCUUGGGCCGCUUCUGAAAGCAUGUUUGUGGGACAGAAUCCUCUAGCAAUGACUCCAUGCUUACUUUCUGCUGUUGACUUGCCAUGGUAUGUCCAAUCGAAAAGCAGCGGUGUUGAAAUGUCUUGGCAGCGAGAUAUUACUAUGUCCAGGUGGAACUCUCGCGGGUGGUGUUAUCAGGAAAUGGCCUUAUCGAAAAUCAUGAUCUUCUUUGGAAGCAGUCAGGUCCAUGCAAGUGUGCGCGAGCCUCAUCAUCAUGGGUGGAGGAAAUUCUCGACUACCAAUACUCCCAACGACCAUCACCACAAGAUCGACAAAAGCUUGGAGACAGAGCAAGCUUGGGAAAAUUUGGAAGUGGAGCAAAUAAACGCGGACAACUACUUCUCCAGGGUCUGGUGGGAUCACGUGGCUGAAUACUCACCACGGAAUUUGACAAAAGCUGGCGACAAGAUGGUGGCGAUAGCGGGCAUAGCUGAGUAUUUGUGGAAAUCCGGCCUGAAAUCACAUUAUAUUGCAGGGCUUUGGGAGGAUACCCUGCCACGAGAUCUUUUGUGGUAUGUCUCUGCGGGUAUUCGAAGGAAACGGCCGGAUGGUGCUAGAGGCCCAAGCUGGUCAUGGACAUCGGUAGAUGGG